CACAGACAGACUGAGGAGGAGAGCUGUAUGAAUGGACGGAGGACACGGAGGCAGGAGAAGAGCCCUGUUACCUAACUAAAGCCAGAGAGAACAACAGUCAGUCCUGCUGAAGGAUUAGCUCCUGCUCCGUGCUAUCAUGGCCCUGCCCUUUGUGGUGGUGUUGCCCCUGCUGAUAGUUGUGGCAGCGGGGGUGUACUACAUCUACAAUGAGGUCAUACGGUUCAUGUCCAAGUCCUUGGUGCGAAACAAAGUGGUGGUGAUCACGGACGCUGUGUCCGGGGUGGGGACUGAGUGUGCCCAUCUCUUCCAUAAGGGCGGUGCCAGGCUGAUCCUGGGUGGGACUAACUGGGAUAAACUGGAGUCUCUGUUCGACUCUCUGACCAGUGACGCUGACCCCAGAGAGACUUUUGCCCCCAAACUGGUGAUCCUGGACUUCAGUGACAUGGACAGCAUGGAGGACGUGGUGUCCGAGGUGCUGGAGUGUUACGGCUGCGUGGACGUGCUGAUCUGUAACAGCAGCAUGAAGCUGAAGGCGCCCAUACAGAGCGUCUCCCUGGAAAUGGACAGAAACAUCAUGGACGUCAACUACUUCGGCCCCAGCGCUUUGGCCAAAGGUGUUCUUCCGACAAUGAUCUCAAGAAGGUCGGGGCACAUUUUGCUGGUGAACAGCAUCCAGGGCCGACUGGCCGUCCCCUUCAGAAGCUCAUACGCGGCGUCGAAGCACGCGGCGCAGGCCUUCUUCGACUGCCUGCGGGCUGAAGUGGAGGAGUAUGGGAUUGUUGUCAGCACCAUCAGUCACACCUUCAUCGACGCCUCCCACCAGCCCCUGGCUGCUGGAGAGCCCGCCCCCAAGCCAAACGCCCUGGCUGCAUUUAUCGCCAGUCAGCUGACCCACGGUGUGCGCCCGUCCGUCCUGGCCAAUGAGAUUCUGCAGACGGUGAACAGAAAGAGGAAGGAGGUUGUGCUGGCCCACCCCAUCCCCAGAGUGGCUCUCUGCCUCCGCUCCUUCUGCCCCCCCUUCCUGUUCGCUGUGCUGGCUGCUGGAGUGAAGGACUCGGUGCUGGCCGAGCAGAUGUAGGAGAGAAGCUGGAAGUUUAGAGGGAAUCAGACAGACGUGAAAUAAAGCACGAGAUGAUUGGAAAUAUUAGAUCUGUGAUAGUGUUUGACAAAGUUGGACGACCCUCAGGGAGCCUGAAGCCUCCUGGUUCAACAUGUGGCAGUUUGUUUAUGGCAAUUUAAUUAAUAAUUGAAUAUUCGUCUGUUAAUACUGAUCAAUAAUAACCACUAAAGUGAAAAUUUUCAACUGUGGCUUUAUAACUUUUACUUGAAAAUAAAGAAUCUCAUUAUUUCUUCUUAUGGACGAGAACAGAACAAAACUCUGACUAUUCUAAAGGUAGAUUUUAAUCAGUCAGAGAGUCAGUCUGAAUGUAUUCUAUAUUCUAUUAUUAUUAUCAUUACCAAUAAUA